AUGUCUCAGGAAGGUGUGGAGGUAGGAGAAGGCUACAACUGGGCCGGGGGCCCGCGAGAGAUGCUGGGGAGGAGCCGGGGGCGCGGAGGGGGCUUCGCACUUCCCGGGGACUCCAUCCGAAACCUAGACCUUCCCCCAGGCUGGCACUCGUCCCCCUCAGAAAGGAGAGUAACCGCCACAUGCCCCAGAGCGAAAUGUGGCCUCCUCGAGGAAAAGCGGGGGCUGCUGGGUCAAGGCGUCCGGCGCCUCCGGGAGAAGUUUCAUGGGAAGGUAUCCUCCAAGAAGGCGGGGACUCUGAUGAGGAAGUUUGGUAGCGACCAUACCGGAGUGGGGCGCUCCAUCGUGUACGGGGUAAAGCAGAAAGAUGGCCAGGAACUGAGUAAUGACCUGGAUGCCCAGGACCCCCCAGAGGACAUGAAGCAGGACCGGGACAUCCAGGCGGUGGCGACCUCGCUCCUGCCACUAACAGAAGCCAACCUACGCAUGUUCCAACGUGCCCAGGAAGACCUCAUCCCUGCCGUGGACCGGCAGUUCGCCUGCUCCUCCUGUGACCAUGUCUGGUGGCGCCGAGUGCCCCAGCGGAAGGAGGUGUCCAGAUGCAGGAAAUGCCGGAAGCGCUACGAGCCGGUGCCCAGUGAAAAGAUGUGGGGCGUGGCUGAGUUCCACUGCCCGAGAUGUCGGCACAACUUCCGGGGCUGGGCACAGAUGGGGUCCCGGUCCCCCUGCUACGGGUGCGGCUUCCCCGUGUAUCCGACACGGAUCCUCCCUCCACGCUGGGACCGGGACACAGAUCGCCGCAGCACCCACACCCACUCCUGCUCGGCUGAGGACUGCUACAAUCGGCGAGAGCCCCACGUGCCUGGGACAUCCUGCGCACACCCCAAGAGUCGGAAGCAGAACCACCUGCCCAAAGUCCUGCACCCCAGCAACCUCCACAUCAGCAGUGGCUCCACUGUGGCCACCUGCCUGAGCCAGGGGGGCCUCCUGGAAGACCUGGACAACCUCAUUCUGGAGGACCUGAAGGAGGAGGAGGAAGAGGAGGAGGACGAGGGCGGGCACGGGGAGUGA